CGAAUCAGUACCGAAAAUCAACUCAAUUCAGAAAAUUCAAUACCGAUACCAAAGUCACACAAGGUUUUUCCUUAAAGCAUGAAACAUGUGGUCUAUGUUCAAUUCUAUCCAAUGUGACAUAUAGUCACAUACCAUGUAAAAAUGACAUAACAUGUUCACAAACUCACCAUAUCACUCCACCACCACCACUACACCACAAUGAACCACCACCCACCAUCACCAACCUCCACCACUACCCCACCCGACCACCCGCCACCUGUCACCGCCAAAUCCUGGCUCGACGACGCCUGCAUUGCCGAAAUCGACCAUUUCGUCAAAACCCUAUCCGGUAUCCAAACCAAAGGCGUCCGACCCGACCUCAUCGGGUCCAUCAUCACACAUUACGCUUGCAAAUGGAUCCCCGAACUCUCCGGCGAACCCGACCACCACCCGCCACCACAAAGCGCCACCGUAUCCUAUCUCAAAAAAAGAUUCUUCAUAGAAACAAUAAUCUCCGUUCUCCCACCGGAAAAAGAAUCUAUCCCAUGCAGCUUUCUUCUCCGGCUACUAAAAACCGGUAACAUGGUUAACACUGAUCGGAAUUACCUACAAGAAGUUGAGAAACGGGUGGCAUGGCGGCUGGAUCAGGCGACAAUGAAGGAGAUCAUGAUACCGUGUUUUAGUCACGUGACUGGCACGUUGCUAGAUGUGGAACUUAUGGUCCGGUUAGUGAAGAGGUUUGUUGAUAAUAUUAACGUUGAAGGGCUUAGAAGUGGUGUUGGAUUGUUUAAGGUUGCGAAGCUUGUGGAUGCUUAUCUUGCUGAAGCUGCCGUUGACUCUGAGUUGAAGUUGCCGGAGUUUAUGGAGCUCGCCGGAGCUGUUCCGGCUCAGGCACGUGCUACCGAUGAUGGGUUGUACCGUGCCAUUGAUACUUAUUUAAAAACACAUGUGAACUUAACGAAAGAAGAAAGAAAGAGUUUAUGCAAAUUAAUCGACAGUCAAAAGUUAUCAAUUGAAGCAUCUCUUCAUGCUGCCCAAAACGAAAGGUUACCGGUGAGAUCGGUCAUCCAAGUGCUUUUCUCGGAACAAGCCAAGCUACAUUCUCAUAUCAACCCUAGUCGAACAUUCACGGAUACCAAGAGCCCGAACCGAUUAGGGUUGGACCCACCCGAUCGCUACCACUCAUCACGAGAUAUGAUGACUCUUCAACAAAUGGAAAUAAAGCGGCUUAAAGAACAUGUCAAUAAGCUUGAAAGGCAAUGUCAACUUAUGCAAUCGCAAAUCGACAAGUUGUUAGAGAAGAAAAAAGGGUUUUUUAGUUGGAGGAAGUUGGCAACGUCAACGACUCUUGGGGCUAUGAGCGUUGAAGUGGUCGACGACAAAGUUGAAGGAAAAGGGUAUGAUUCGGGUAGUAUCGGAAAGCAAACUCCUGUAAAGGGGAAACAUGGAAGAAGCAAGACUCCCAAACCAUGGAGGCAAUCAACAUCUUAACAUGUAUUGUUACAUAUGGUUACUUUUGGUCUUACCAUUUGUAUUAUAUAUAUAAGAACAAUAAUAUUACAAUAACUAUUUGUAUACUUUCUAUUGAUUAUUCAAUAGUUGGGUUGUGGUAA